AUGUGGACCCGCACUCUCACCCUGCUCUCCCUCCUCCUGCUGGCUGCUCAGGUGCUCCGCACAGAGGCCCAAGACAGAGAACAGGAUGAAGUGAAUUUGGAGGCGGAGCAGGAUGGGUGGGUUCCUCUGGAGAAGCCCGUGAUAGUGUCAACAAGCCCGCCAACCCAGGUCAUUGUCACUGGCAGCUUUGUGAGCAGAGAUCAAGCCAAAUGCAAAGUGACCGUGACCACACAGGAGGAAGGAGUCCAUCUGCAGGUCGAUUGUGUGCGAUUGGAGCACGAGUUUUCCUGUGUCUUUGCGGGCAAUCCCACGGCGUGCCUACACUGCUUGAACAACGACAAGGUCUACUGGAGACAAAUUGGCUGGCGCCUGCGCCAUUUGAACCGCAUCUGUGAGGACUCCAAGGUCAUCUUGAAUACCAGGGUGUGUAGUACCAAGUAUCCAGAAUCCAAUCUCAAGCUGGUGAACUCCACUCUGGCUCGCAAGACGUCUGUGCAGGGAAUGAAGCCCACCCCAACGAUGUCAGUCAAGGGGAAGCAGCCAUCCCAGACAGAGCCAUCCAAAGGCAAACAUCACGUCUUCUACUAA